UCUUCCGGCGCCAUCCCAUCCCAACACGCAUGCUUCUCUGCUUUUGCUUCCCCACCAGCUAGAGCUACCUACAUAGCCCCCAGUCGAUCCAUUCGGCAGCCUUCUCAUCAUCAAGCCUCGACCAUCCGCCGUCCAUCCUCGCCCCGAUCGGAUCGACCACCCAAUCCCCCCGGCGCAUGCACGGCGGCGCCAUGGACGCCACGCUGCUGCUCUCCACCUCUGACGCCACCCUCGCUGCCCGGCGCCGCCCUUCUACGCCCGCGCGCCGCCCGGGGCGGGUUGCGCCAGGCCGACGGCCGGCGUCCUGCAGGUCCAUGCGCGCGCUCGCCGCCGCAGCGGCCGCGCCAGUCGCAGGAGGCGUCGCCGGGCAAAGCAAUGGAGUCUACACGGUUGGAGACUUCAUGACGAGGAAGGAAAAUCUCCUUGUCGUCAAAACUACAACAUCAGUUGAUGAAGCCCUCGAGCUGUUGGUGCAGCACAGGAUUUCUGGCUUUCCUGUGGUUGACGACAAUUGGAAGCUGGUUGGGGUCGUCUCAGAUUAUGAUCUGUUAGCACUGGACUCAAUGUCAGGAAAUGGACUGGCUGAUACAAAUAAAAACAUGUUCCCUGAUGUGGAUAGUACAUGGAAGACAUUCCGUGAGAUACAGAGGCUACUAAGCAAAACUAAUGGCAAAGUCAUUGGUGAUGUUAUGACUUCUUCGCCUAUUGCGGUGCGUGAAAAUACUAAUCUUGAUGCUGCUACAAGGUUGCUACUUGAAACCAAGUACCGGAGAUUACCUGUAGUUGAUAGCACAGGGAAACUAGUUGGGAUGAUUUCAAGGGGAAACGUCGUCAAAGCUGCCCUCAAAAUGAAGAAGAAAUCUGAAGAAGGUGCUUGAAUCGCAUAGUGCCUUAGGCAUUCAAUUCAUUGAGACAUUGAUUGAUGAAGUUCAGUACUGUUGUAUACGCUGAGACUGUAGCUCCAAGUUCUACCUGGACACCAAUAGAUGGAUAUAGUGUUGUAUACGGAUUGAUAUAAAUUGCAAAGGGCUUUGAUAUAGAUUCAUAUAGGAACUAUUAUAAUUCAUUUGGGGUAAUCAUACUUGGUUCCCUCUCAUUAUCAGGUAGUGCUAGUGUAGCGGUGUAUAGGUUGAUGUUUCACUAUUUCUUGGAACCUUGCAUUCCUGAACAUUUCUUAUUGAUUUAUAUAGUGAAGUCUAGAGCUUGUGAUAUGA